CGUUCUUCCGGUUCCAGCCAUUCGAGACCUAAGAUGGCGGACCGGCGGCGAAGGAGGAGGCGCGCGUCCCAGGACAGCGAGGACGAUGACGAGUCCGGUUCGGGUUCGGACAGCGGGAGGUCGGGGUCCCCGGGUACCAAGGCCCGUGUUAGAGACCCCGAACCACCGGAACCGACAGUACCCCGGGUGGAGGCGAAGAGCCAAGUGGAGUCCGAGUGUGAGAGUGAAGAUGGAGUAGGAGAAGCUGUUCUCUCCGACUACGACAGUGCAGAUCCAGAGGAAAAUGGCUCCCAUUCAGAGGGAGUGGAAGAGGAGGAGGAGGCGGAGCACUACAGUGAAGAAGAAGCUCCCGCGGCAGCCAGCGAGCCCAAACCCUCUGUCGCUGACAUCCCAAUAAAGAAGGAAGAGGAGGAGCAUCAAGGAGGAGAGGAGGGAGAGGGAGAGGGAGAGGGAGAGGGAGAGGGAGAAGGAGAAGGAGAAGGAGAAGAGGGGGAGGGGGAGGGGGAGGGGGAGGGUGAGGCAGAAGAGGAGACGGGAGAAGAGAGUAAAGAGGAGAGCAAGGCGGAGGAGAAAGAAAACCUGGCCGGAGAGAGACAGAGCGGAGACGGACAGGAGUCCACGGAUGACCCGGAAACAAAGCCGGGGGUGAAGCCGGGUCUGAAGCUGGACGAUGACGAGGACAGAAAGAACCCGGCCUACAUCCCGAGGAAGGGUCUGUUCUUUGAGCACGACGUGAGGGGACACACUCAGGAGGAGGAGAGACCUAAAGGCCGAAACAGGAAGUUGUGGAAGGACGAGGGUCGCUGGGAACACGACCGAUUUAGAGAGGAGGAACAGGCGCCGAAGAGCCGCGAGGAGCUUAUCGCCAUCUACGGUUAUGACAUCAGAAACGGAGGCAGGCAUGGAGAGCAGACGUACCGACAGCGCAGACCAAGACAGAAUACGUCUCCCAGCAGAGACAAGCGAUGGAGAGACGGAGGAGGAGGAGAGCGAGCGGUCCGAUCCUGGCACAACAGAGAAGGAGGAGGCGUCAACCGGGGAGGAGCUCCUCAACACUCAUCCAGCCAUCCUUCCUCUACAACUCCCCCCCUGCUCCCUCUGUCCUCUAAUCAGCGGAGCAGCAACUCCAGACCUCCUCCUUCCCGGAGCAGACCCCCUCACCAGAGUCAGAUGCACCCCCCACCUCAGUCUCAUUACAGGAACAAUGAAUCGAACGUACCCCAUAUGCAUCCCCGAGAACGCCAGGGGCAUAAAGCUCUGUCAGACCCCACAGGAGAGCGGGUCAGCAGGGGUGGGCGAGCUGCUGGUGGGGGCAGAGGGGGUCCCUCUGUGGUCAUUGAGGAUGUUACAGUCAGCCACGGAGGGGCUAGAGAACAGGACCUCAGUGCUGUAACGGCAGCAGUGGCAGCGUCUCAGCCGGGCAGUUACCAGUCGGCGUCACCUCGGCGACAGCAGCAGGAACAAAGAGGAAGCGUAGACCGAUCUGCGUCAGGAUUGGCUGCUCCCUCCUCCAACACUGACCCUGCCGUGCAGUCAUCGGCAACCACAGCGACCAAUCGGGAGGCCUCACCUCCUAUAGAGCGGCCGGUUGAGCGUAAAUCGUACUCUCUGGCCCGCAGGACUCGCUCCCGACCGGCUGAUCUGGGCAGCAAACAGCCGUCCAUGGAGGAAUCUGCAACAGGAGGGAACGCCUCCUCCCCUAGCAGCGUGGGAGGAAAGAGCUGGGCAGGGGUAGGAGAAGCCCCGAGUCAGACCGUGGGGGGAGGAGGAGGAGGAGGAGGAGGAGGAGGAGGAGGAGGAGGAGGAGGAGGAGGAGGAGGAGGAGGAGGAGGAGGAGGAGUGACUGAGCUUGACCAGGAUGUAGCUCGACUCAGUCAUGCAGGACAGAGCUGGAGUCGGAGCCCUACAUCAUACAUCCGCUCUGAGAUGAGAGGCAUCCCCAACCCCAUCCACCUCACCGGCGGCCCCCCUCAGUUCUCCGGCAUGGAGGAGAUGGGUGUCGCCUCCAACCGGGCCAAACGCUACUCCUCCCAACGCCAGCGAGCCGUCCCAGAGCCGGCACCGCCCAUGCACCUGGGAGUGAUGGAGGGACACUACUACGAACCCAUGUCGUACCAGGGACCAAUCUACGCCCAUGGGGAAGGCCCCGCCCCCAUCCCACCACAAAGCAUGUUGGUCCAGCCAGAGAUGCAUCUCCCCCACCCAGGUCUCCAUCCCCACCAAUCAGGAGCGCCGAUCGCUAACCCAGCCAUCUACGGAGGCCCUCCCGUUUCUCUUUCCCCAGGGCAACCACCACAGCAGCUGCUGCCGCCGCCUUUCUACCCUCCACCUGGGGUCAUGACUUUCCCUUACCCCACCAUGUACCCGACCCCACAGGGUCAGGCCCAGGUAACGUACGGAGGCGUGACGUACUAUGACACCAUGCAGCAGCAGGCUCAGCCCAAACCUUCGCCUCCCCGCCGCACGUCCCAACCCGUCACUGUCAAGCCCCCCCCUCCAGAGGUGCCCUACGCUUCAGAGUGACCCCGCCCCUCACCCCUCUCCGCCUCCCAGGCUCAGCCUCACUCUGAUCACAAAAGUACAGGAGCGGGAUGGAACGGUCAGUGAGGAGCUGCGGUCUCAAACAGCAGACAUCAGACAUCCAGAGAGGGACGAGAAGACGGACUGCAGGUGGAAUCAGAUUCUUCCUUUUUUUUUUUUUUCUUUCUUUUCUUUUUCUUAGUUUUCAGGCGUGUAGCGGGCAGGUCAGCCGUGCACAGACUGUUCUGUAACUCUGCGUCACAGGUUCGAUCCCACCAACGUGUCUUUGAACCUGAAACCAUCUGCCUGAUGAGUUUAACCCUUUAGAGCUACUUUGAAGCAUUUAACGUCACAGAGUCACAGAUGCAGGAGAACUGCAUCAGAGUCUUUUUGUUUGUCCUGAAUCCUGGAAACAGGCGAUUUCAAAUAUGAGAGUUAUCUGUGUGGAGUUCCCCACACUUUUAUUUUCCAGUUACUUUAUUCCACCUGAACAUCAGCUGUUGACUUUGACCAACAAGAGGCUAAUGUGUUUUUGUUUUGUUUUUUUUACCCCUAAACAAAAACAAACUUGAGUAAAAACCUGAGUUUCUCUUCAGAGUGAGUUGUUUGUGUGCAGAUCUCAGUGGACUUGGUGCUUCCUGAAAACUUCUACAUGUUACUGUCAUGUUACAUAAGAAGAUGUUUGUUAGUUUGGAUCUUUUUCCUUCUCACACAGACAGUUUUUAGAGUUAAAGAAGCUAUGAAAUAUAAUAGUGGAGUGGGUGAAAUGUCAGAAAAUAGUUUAAGAAAAAAAACAACCAAAUCUUCAAAUGUCCUGUUUUGUCAGAGAUCCAGAUUAUCGUUCUAUAAAAGAGAAUACAUUGAAGAAGCUGCAUCCUGGGAGGAUCUGAUUUACAUAAGUCACUGAAGUAUUAUAACAGUUAUCAGAUUUAUAGUCAUUUAAUUUUCUCUAUGUAGAAAUAGAUGAAUCAAACAAUGGUUAAUUGUUGACGUUGUUCUGCUGUCAUUUCUCUCCGUUGGUUGCUGUAUAUAGAGAUCUAAAUGUGUAAAUAGGAGCUUGAAGAGAUAAAAUAGAGCAGUAAACAGAUUCUAAUAAGAUUAUUAGAGCUACAGAGCAUUCAGCUUCUGAUUGAAACACAUCGGCAGGGACCUCGAAUGUUAACGGUGGAUUUAAUUUAGAGAAGGAGCUGUGUGACUUUAGCUUCUGUCUGUUUUCUGUUUUUCCUUUUUUUUUUUUUCAAAUGUCACUGUUUAAUUUUAAUACUGUUUUUUUUUUAUUAUUAUUAUUAUUGUUAGUGAAUGCAGGAGAGAAACGAUGAGUUAUUUGUUUUCACAUGUUAACACCCUCAAAGGCACAGUGAGGAAAACACUUUAUAAAACGUAACGACUAACUCCUUCUCUACAAAUGAAUAAAAGACAUUUUCAGAGUUGAAAUUAACCAGAAAAGCUUGUUACAGUGUAUUUUUCCAUUUCUCCCUCUAUUCCAGCUGUUCAUUUUCUAUUCAAGGUAAAGAAUGUUCCUGGUUUGUUGUCAAAUAAAAAAGGAGAAGUCUUA